AUGGCGGUGGUGAGCGGAGUAGAAAGGCUGGAGGUCUCCAUAGACGGGCUGACACUGAGCCCCGACCAGGAGGAAGAGCCGCCACAGGGGGCGGAGGAAGAAGGGGAGCCGGCGGUGGAGGAGGAGGACGAGGCCGGACAGCUCAGCAUGGAGCAGCGCUGGGGCUUCAGCCUGGAGGAGCUAUACUCACUGGCACUGAAAUUCUUCAAAGAAAAGGAUGGGAAGGCUUUCCACCCAACCUAUGAAGAGAAACUGAAGCUGGUGGCUCUUCAUAAACAGGUUCUCCUGGGGCCUUACAACCCCGACACUUGCCCUGAAGUUGGCUUCUUCGAUGUCCUUGGCAAUGACAGAAGGAAAGAAUGGGCUGCCCUUGGCAAUAUGAGCAAACAGGAAGCCAUGACUGAGUUUGUGGGGCUGCUGAACCGAUGUUGUCACCUGUUCUCCACAUAUGUUACAUCACAUAAAAUAGAGAAAGAGGAGCAGGAGAGGAAGAGGAGAGAAGAGGAGGAGCGCAGGAGGCGGGAAGAAGAAGAACGACAACGUCUGCUUAGAGAAGAGGAGAAGCGGAGAAGGGAGGAAGAGGAGAGAUUGCGGAGAGAGGAGGAGGAGAGGAUGCGCGCUGAAGAUGAGCGAUUCCGCAUGGAGCAGCAGAAGCAGCAAAUCAUGGCAGCUCUGAACUCACAGACAGCUGUUCAGUUUCAGCAGUACGCAGCACAGCAGUACCCCGGAAACUUUGAGCAGCAACAGAUCCUUAUCCGACAACUGCAAGAACAGCAUUACCAACAGUACAUGCAACAGCUCUACCAAGUUCAGCUGGCACAGCAACAGGCUGCACUACAGAAACAACAGGAGGCGGCAUUAGCCGGAAGUGGUUCUCCAGUGAACUCUCCCACUAAGGCAAGCUCAGGAAGUGCAAUGGCAACCGGAGAAUCCCCCUCUGUGAAUGGUCAGAGUCACCCGCACAUAGAUGGCACAGAGACCGAAUUGGAACCUGACCCCCUUGAUGAUAUCCUAGAGAAUGGGCCAAAAGAGACUACGCCGGUGAUAGCCGCUCCUUCCAUGUGGACCCGACCACAGAUUAAAGAUUUCAAGGAGAAGAUCCGUCAGGACGCAGAUUCAGUGAUCACUGUAGGACGAGGGGAGGUGGUGACAGUCAGAGUCCCCACACACGAAGAGGGAUCCUACCUCUUCUGGGAGUUUGCCACAGAUAAUUUUGACAUUGGUUUUGGGGUUUACUUUGAAUGGACAGACUCCCCGAACACAGUGGUCAGUGUUCACGUCAGUGAAUCCAGCGAGGAUGAGGAGGAGGAUGAAGAAAACCCGAACAGUGAAGAGAAAACCAAGAAGAAUUCCAACAAGCCUCAGGUGGAUGAAAUAGUACCGGUAUACAGGCGGGAUUGUCAUGAAGAAGUUUACGCCGGAAGUCACCAGUACCCUGGCAGGGGGGUCUACCUGCUGAAAUUUGACAACUCUUACUCCUUGUGGAGGUCAAAGUCUGUCUACUACAGAGUGUACUACACCAGAUAA